AUGGGAGGACAUGUGCAAUAUAUGGUGGAAGAUGGUAGUGACAGGAUACAAAUGGUGGAGUUGGACAUCAACCAAGCCACAAUGGAGUGCACAUGCCGAAUGUAUACACGAAUCGGCUUGCUUUGUAGGCAUAUGUAUGCGGCUUUAAAACAUGCAGGAAUUGACCAAGUCCCCACCGAAUACAUUAAGACGCGUUGGACCCGUAAUGCACGCAUAAAAAUUGAGGAAAUUGUGGAAAAUGCAAGAGAUGAGCAAAGUGCACAUGAGGAAUCUGAAGUUAGAAAAACAUUCUUGAGUUGUAUCGGCUUGGCAAAGGGAAGGACGGAUAUACUACAACAACUUGCACACAUCCUAAAGGAGAAGGAAAAAUGUUUCAUCCAUGAGGACACGGUGCAAAAGGCUUCGGUUGAUCAAAGCAACCCCCCUCAAGAGUUCUACGAUCGCGGGGGACCUUCCACGACAACAAUACGCUGUCCAAAAGUGGCCAAGAAUAAGGGUUCAGGUAAGCGGCUGAAAUCAGCUAAAGAGAUUGCGGUAGAGAAGAAAGCAAACGAAGAGCGCACGUGCGCCACAUGUGGCAAAAGUGAUGGGCACGAUAGCCGUAACUAUGUUUUGAGAAAAGAAAUGGAUAAAGCGGAUGAUUAA